CUGGAUGUUGGUACAUCUUAUGGGUCAAGUAUAAUGCUAUUUGCUAUGCUUUUAGCAGCACCACACUCGAAGCCAGUGGAUCAAUCAUAAUGGGGUCACCGUAACUAGUGCAUCUUCAUAAAAGGGUUACCCCUACAUGGCUAUGAACAGUUGCAAGCUAUGGAUAGGACUCCAAAGCAGUGGAACAACAGCACAAGAAGAUGGGCUUUUACGGCGGCUGCAGGUGGCUGGUGUGGAGCGUGCCUGUUUGCACUGGCACACUUCGCCCCACGCGCCAGCAACGCCGUGCGUGGGUUACUCCUACUGUACUUCCAACCCAUGUUACCGACGACCUUUGCACUAUGGCUCUGGGGUCACAACGUACAGCGGUUCCAUACUCUGAACAUUGAGUAUGAUGUAUGUUUCAGCGCGAAGGACAGGAAACACCUCCUACCCCACUCAGAGCUGUAUCGGAUCGCGCUAGUCCUCACCACCUUCUGCCUCACCUGCGCUGCUGUGUACGCGGGACUGGGAGCAGCAGGUGCUAUCGGCCUUGCGGACUAUGCUCCGCUGACCAUGUACUUCGGCGCUGCCAUGCUGCUGGUGGCUCCGCUGGACGUCCUAGCAAAGCCGGCGCGGCUGUUCUUCGGCCAGACGGCGCAGCGUGCGCUGCUGCCGGUGCAGGAGGUGUCCUGGGCGGACUUCCUGCUAGCCGACAUCAUGACCUCUCUCAGCAAGAGCAGCGGGGACCUGGCCAAGGCAGCGGCGGCGCUGAUGGCAGGACCCGGGCUUCACACCUUAGCCGUGCAAGGCGGCCCCGGCAGCCCCUCGCUCGCCGUCGACCCGCUCGCGCUGCCUGUACUGCUGGCCCUGUGCCUGCCGUACAUAAUACGCUUCGUACAGUGCCUCAUCGUGCAUCGUACGACCGGUAACCGCGCGCAGCUGCUGAACGCGCUCAAGUACGCAACCGCCUUUCCGGCGCUGGUGCUGACGGCUAUCGAGCACGAGCACCACAUAGCAGGGCGGCGGUACCCGCUGUACGGCUGGUGGCUUGCGGCCAUGGGCCUUAACUCGCUAUACUCGUUCUACUGGGAUGUGGAGAUGGAUUGGGACAUGCCGUGGCUGGCGCAGCCAGGCGGGCAGCUCGUCCUGGGAGUAUUCCGGCUGCCCAGCUUGAAACCGGAUGCGCUCUACCGCCGCAGCUGGUACGUGUGGGCGGUGCUGUCCAACCUGCUGCUGCGGCUGACGUGGACGCACCGCCUCAUGGGCAACCUGGAGUCGCACAACGCCGUGGCGCUGGUGAUAGCGCUGCUGGAGGUGUUUCGGAGGUACCAGUGGACGUACGUGCGUGUAGAAACUGAGAUACGCAAGAUCCGGCUCAAAGAGGCUCACGAGCACCCGGUGGAUGCUCCAUCCCACCAUGAGGUCAACAUGUGAGGGGUUGCUGAGGUGGCAGCUGUGGGUUGGAGCUGCGGCGGCGUUGGCGAGCUGGGGCCUCAGGCGCGUGCGGUACUGUGUUAGAAUUACUGGCCGCGACGCGAAACGUACUGUGAUGCUGUGUAUGAGUGAUGACUGAUGAGGGUUAUAUAGGGUGAUGGGAG